AUGAUUAAGGAUAAAGUAAUAAUAGUUCAAGCCAGGAAGGAAGCAGAAGAGGUUAAAAGAAACACAAAAGCAAGAUUUUUGAGGUUAUUGUCAACGCGAGUGCGGCGAUAUCUCGCGCUAUUAUUACUAUCGCUUGGCAAGUUGCAAGUUCCCAGAACCCGAGAAGUAAAGCCAUUGACAUCGAUGGAAAGUGGCCCAAGGUUUCUGGUUUAG